AACUGUAGUUCGACUCCUGUUCGAUUAGUUCAGUCUGUCAGCAUGGCGAAUUUCGUGCAAGCCACUUCUUCGCAGCAAUUUGAAGAUUUGUUAAAGAAUGCAGGAAAGUCUCUGGUGGUUAUCCAUUUCCUGGCAUCAUGGGCUCCACAGUGCACCCAAAUGAAUGAUGUGAUGGCAGAGAUAGCGAAGGAGUAUCCACAGGUGACAUUUAUAAAGCUGGAAGCAGAAGCGGUACCUGAGGUAUCUGAGAAAUAUGAGAUCACUUCCGUCCCCACUUUCCUUUUCUUUAAGAACUGUGAGAAGAUUGACAGGCUGGAUGGAGCCCAUGCCCCGGAGCUGACCAAGAAGGUCCAGCGCCUGGCGUCCAGCCCCGCGGUUCCUGCCGGAUCUGGGGCUCCCACUAAAGAGGAUCUUAAUGAGCGUCUGAAGAAGCUGAUCAAUGCCGCACCCUGCAUGCUUUUCAUGAAGGGAUCCCCCCAGGAACCCCGCUGUGGAUUCAGCAAGCAGAUAGUGGAGAUUUUUAAGCAGAAAAACAUUCAAUACAGCAGCUUCGAUAUCCUAUCGGAUGAGGAAGUGCGGCAGGGACUCAAGACAUUUUCCAAUUGGCCCACUUAUCCUCAGGUUUACGUCAACGGGGAGCUAGUGGGAGGACUGGAUAUUGUAAAGGAACUUGCUGAAUCUGGAGAGCUUGAGAACACCUGCCCGAAGGCAGUAACACUAGAGCAUAGGUUAAAGGCUUUGAUAAACAAGGCUCCAGUAAUGCUGUUCAUGAAAGGAAGUAAAGAGAUGGCUAAAUGUGGAUUCAGUCGUCAAAUACUUGAAAUAAUGAACAGCUCGGGGGUUGAUUAUGAGACUUUCGAUAUACUACAGGAUGAAGAGGUUAGACAAGGACUGAAAACAUAUUCUAACUGGCCAACAUAUCCUCAACUGUAUGUGAAGGGUGAACUUGUUGGUGGACUUGACAUUGUGAAGGAACUUAAAGAAAGUGGGGACCUGCAGUCUGUUUUGAAUGGGGAAAGCUAGUAAUUGAUGACACAGGAAGGGACUCAGACAAGCCUAAGUUUUCUUAUAUAUUAUCUGCUGGGGUGAUCUAUGGAGAAUCCAUCUACUGUGUAUAAUUUGCUUUUUUCCAGACAUUACAAAUAUUGAAGAAUAAGUAUUAAAUUACAAAUGAUGAUCACAUUGUUUCAAUUGCUAUAAUCAGAAUAAAAUUGUUUUAAGUGUAAUUUUUGAUGUUUCAGUUGGUUCUGUGCAUUCAUUUUACUAAGAAACCUUGACAAGGCAUGUGUGCUCUUAGGCUUUGAAGCUUUUUUCCAAUGAAAUGAAAAACAGGUCAAAUUAGUUACAGAUCCUAUCACGGUAACUAGAACUAGUGUAUGUUUUUUUGUAUGCAUGCAACUGCUGUAUGCAAAAAGUGACACAUUUGUGCUGAAGCAUGUUAGAGGUACAUAACAUUCCUUAAAAAUAAACCACAAAUGAUAUACUGCA